UCUUAACAGUUGUCUUUAAAGGUUAUUAGCAACUCUCAUUAUCUUAACAGAUGUAGGUCAUCACCAACCGUCAUUUUCUUAACAGGAGGUUAAGAAUGGAUAAUGGUUUAUAUAAUAAAGGUUUGUUGUAAUCUGUUGUGUUCCCAUACACACACGCAUACACAUAUAUACACACAUACACACGCACAUGCGCGCGCGCACACACACACACACACACACACACACACACACACUCACAGAGAAGAUACCCCCUGACCAAUCAGAACAAAAGAAAUUAAAAUGCUACAUCCAGUAGGUGGCUGUAUAUACACCAUAAGUUUAUAGAAGAAGAAGAAGAAGAAGACCACACCCACCCUCUUGAUUUUAAAAUACUCUGUACUUACAACACAACGUGUAUAAUCUUUCAAUAUGGCUUGCCCUAAUGCACCGAAAAAGUUCACUCUUUUUUGGGAAGAUUAGAAAAAAUUUUAGAGCAUGUAAAGAUUCAAUAUUGGGUAAUGUUAAACGGUUGUACAGCCAGAUUUUUUUUUUUUCAAUGCAGAAAAAGGAGAUCUUGUGCUUUUCUAGGUCCUUUCACCGGAUGAAAUGCUAACUUGUGGUUUUGUCCUUCGAGUGAGUUAUAUCUAUUUUCCUCUUUGAGACACCCAUAACAUCCGUUAUAAACGUAUGCGAUGACUAUAGCUUCAUUAAUCUGAUAAACCGCUGAGUAUGGCGGGUCUAAUAAAUAAAUUAAUUAAUUAAUGAUAAAGUUGCUGAGUCCAACGACUAGCCCUAUAAAAAAAAAAUCAGUGAUAAAUAAAGUUUUAUGCAAAGCAUCAAAAGAAUUUCCAGACUCUACCCUUCAAAACUUCCAGACACCAUGGAUUUCUCAGCAGAAGGUGAGGACAUUGUGACUAUCAGUGGUGAUGAUAGUGAAAAUUCAGAUAUGAUUGAUUUCGGAAAUGGUGGUGCUAUAGAAGAACAAGAGGAAAUCAACUCGGAAGCCGACAUUCAACUUGACCUCGAAUUACAGGAGAUCUGCACAGCAUGGCAUGAAUUCUUCCGAGUAAAGACUGCUUUAUUGGAAAACUUUGGACAGCUUGAUAAUGCAUUUGAAUCUGAUCAAGGUGCGAGCGCGGACGAGACCGCCGGGUGGGGAGAUCGCGUUCAACAGAUGACGGCACGGGAGACCCACGCGCACGUCUCGGGAACCCCGACACGCCCUCGAGAAGGUCACAACGCCAGCCACACCCCCACGAAACCCCUCGCACUCACACGCCCUCACCUCCUCACGACAGACAAUUCACACACGGUCAAAUAAAGCACCCAUUUUGACUGCAACCUGUCUCUUGUGGAUCUGUGCUCCGCCCUCCCCCAGGCUAAUUCCCCUACAGUAUAUAUACCGCGCACCUCCCAGCACACGGCGCGGAAUAUUAGAUUCGAUUCUAUAUGAUAUAGUAUAGUAUAGUAGAUUGUUUAGAUUCCUUACGAUAGAUAACCAUAGUCAUAGUUCAUGUCAUGGUUCAUGGUUCAUGUUUAGAUUCGUCUGUUUAGUUCACGCUGGUUUCUCCGCUCCCAGUUCAUAGUCAUAACUCAUGUUUCAUGUUUUGUAUCUUGACUCUGUUUUCCGUGACCACGACAUAGUUUCCUGCCUUGCCCCGUUUAUGCCUGUUUGCCGAUCGCCUGACCUCUUGCAUGUUUUGGAUUAACCUGCCUGUGUCUCUCAGUAAGACCUGUUCAAACUGCGUUUGCAUCCGUCAUAUCUCCGUUACGACAUGAAACGUGACAGAAUAUUCUGCCGCACCAUGGAUGCAACACGAGGACAAGAGAGACAUCACGCUACAGAAACCAGGGAAGCAGCUGGACAGUACCUCAUCGGGAAAUGCUCGGAUUACUGGCUGCAUUUUUCGUCCGUGCAGUUCCCUCAAAGGUACGACGUCGAACUUCCGCCAGAGACAGCGGGAUAGGGGAGUUUCUCUUCAGCUGCCAGGAAUAUUUCUGCAGCCUGGUGUAUCCCAAGCCUACUAAGAGACAGUGGAUCGGGUUCUUGGUGUCCAGUUUUUGCGGUCCAGCCCGUGACUGGGCAGAGCAGCUUGUGAGUACUGGGUCCUCUGCCCUCCAUGAUGUCACUCAGUUUUCAGAACUUUUUAUGGAGGAAGCAGCCAGGACAGCUUCAUGGUCUGGAUUUACUGGGGUGGAGAGUCAAUGGACUGCGCCAGGCUGACCCACCAUACAACCUCUAUUAUGAGGGGAUGGACAGGGCAGUCUCCACCUAUCCGCUUCAGGUUCUGGCCAACGUGGGGAAGGUUUCUCUGAGAUGUAUGACUGAGGGCUGCGGGAAAGUAACUCGGCUCCAAUGUCCUGCAAGAAGCUGGGUCUCCAGGAAGCAUUUUUCUGCUCCAAGGAAUGCUUCAAGAGCAGCUGGCCUCAGCACAAGCGUCUACACAGAAAAGCCCCUAUGACACUACAGCCAGAAGUCAACGUAGCGACCUCAAACCAGAGCUCGAACCUGAGACCCACGAGCAGGCCUCACCCGCCGAGCUCCUGUCAGAGGACCACAUGGCUGCCUCAGAGCUCCAGCAUGAGACGUACGGGGAGGUCUCAGCUCCAGAGCCUCAGCCUGAGGUUAACCUGGCGACCUCAGAGCUCGAACCCGAGACCCACGAGGAGGUCUCACCCGCCGAGCUCCAGCCGGAGGUCAACAUGGAGGCACCAGCACCAGAGCUCCAGCCUGAGGUUCAGGAGGGGGUCUCAGCUCCACAGAUCCACUGUAAAGCCCAGUUACUGUCCCAAGUGUCUGUUAACACGUACAGCCAAGUCCUGCUCACGUCUAAGUCAGCCGACACGGCCGACCAUGUUCUGCUCAGCCCGAGUCUGCCGACACGGCCAACCACGUUCUGCUCAAGCCCAAGUCUCCCAACACGGCCGACCACGUUCUGCUCAAGCCCGAGUCUACCGACACGGCCGACCAUGUUCUGCUCAAGCCCGAGUCUACUAACAUUUACAGCCAACUCCUGCUCACGUCCAAGUCAGCCAACAUGACCAAUCAAGCCCUGCAUACGUCCAAUUCAGCAGACAUGACCGACCAAGCCCUGCUCAGGCCCAAGUCUACUGAUACAGCCGACCAAGUUCUGUUCAAGCCCAAGUCCACUGACCCGGCCGACCAAGUUCUGUUCAAGCCACAGCAAGUUGUGAGUUGAGGCCUCCAUGAAUCGGACUUGUAUGUCCAGCACAUCCCACAUGAUGUGCCGGACAAAGCGUGAUUGGGUUGAGAGCUAGGGAAAGAGAAGGCCAAGUUAACACCUUAAA